UAUUUUCUCUUCCUUCCUUAGCCAUUAAAAAGAACAAAAAAAAGUCAAAAAAAAGGGGAAAAAAAUACAAACCAGAAAAAUUCGAUUUUUUUUUUCUUUCAUCUUCUUUGUUCUCCUUCUCUCUGUUCUUCUCAUAGUCCUAAGUUCAUAUUUUGCAGAGUAGACAAAGAUUCAAAAACAUCCUGUAACCAGUCUGGUCUUUGCUGUAAACUAUUCUCUUUUUAUGAGUACAGCUUUGGCUAUAUUUUAUUCAAACCAAACCCAAACCCCAACACUCAAAAUCUGAAAAAAAAAAAUUCAGUUUCUUGAUCUAUUCAUUACCUUGAUCAGUCUUUCAUGGGACCGUUACUUCUACUAGAUUUCUUGUCUUAAAAGGUUUUGUUUUUUCUCUGUUGAAUCAAAAUGGGUAUUGAAAAGUUCGGAGCUUUCAUCUUGAUUCCAACGAUUUCGAUCUUGAUUUGCAUCUGCCAUGGAUUCAAACCUCAAGACAAUUACCUAAUCAACUGUGGCUCACCAAGCAAUGGAACCUUAAUGAGUCGAGUCUUCAUGUCUGAUAAGCUCUCUUCGAACUUGCUUACUUCUCCCAAAGAGAUCCUCGCUGGCGAAGGCUCAGACGUUUACCAGACGGCAAGAGUCUUCACCGGAGUCUCUACCUACAAAUUCUCUGUUUCUCCUGGUCGUCAUUGGGUUCGUCUCCAUUUCAAUCCUUUUGACUACCAAAGCUUCAAAAUGAGUUCAGCUAAAUUCACAGUUUCGUCUCAGUCUCAUGUGCUUUUGAGUGAUUUCAGUGUUAGUAGUACUAGACUUGUGAAAGAGUACUCUUUGAAUGUUGAUAAGGAUGAUUUAGUCCUCACGUUUACUCCCUCCGGUGGUUCGUUUGCGUUUGUGAAUGCUAUUGAAGUUAUCUCAGUUCCUGAUACAUUGAUCACUGGUACACCAAAGUUUAUAGGCAACCCUGCGCAGAGUCAGGACAUAUCUUUACAAGCUCUUGAAACGAUUCAUAGAGUGAACAUGGGAGGUCCGCUUGUAUCGGCUAACAACGAUACACUUACGAGAACUUGGGUGCCUGACUCAAGUUUUCUCCUUGAGAAGAACUUAGCUAAGACUGUCUCUAAAGUUGCAACUGUUAACUAUGUUAACGGUUAUGCUACAGAGGACUCUGCUCCAAGAGUUGUUUACGGUAGUUGCACUGAGAUGAACUCCGCGGAUAACCCCAAUAGCAACUUCAAUGUCACAUGGGAGUUCGAUGUUGAGCCAGGCUUUCAGUACUACUUCCGCUUCCACUUCUGCGAUAUCGUUAGUUUGGCUCUAAACCAGCUUUACUUCAAUCUUUAUGUUGACUCAAUGACUGCUGCUACUGAUAUUGAUCUUAGCACUCUUGUGGAUAACACAUUGGCUGGUGCGUACUCGAUGGAUUUUGUCACGCAGUCGCCUAAGAGUACUAAUAAAAUCCGUGUGAGCAUCGGUCCAUCGACUGUUCACACGGAUUAUCCAAACGCGAUUGUGAAUGGUUUGGAGAUCAUGAAGAUGAAUAACUCUAAAGGUCAGCUAAGUACAGGGGAUUUUGUGCCCGGUAGUAGUAGUUCAAGCACUAAGCAGAAUCAUGUUGGGAUGAUUAUAGGUUCAACCAUUGGUUCGUUGAUUGCGUUAGUCUUCUUGGGAGGUUGCUUUGUGUUGUAUAAGAAGCGGAAACGUGGCCAAGAUGGUCAUUCGAAGACUUGGAUGCCGUUUUCAAUAAAUGGAACUUCAGCUACAAUGGGAAGCAAAUACUCUAAUGGUACUACGCUUACAAGUAUAACUACCAAUGCCAACUACCGUAUUCCCUUUGCUGCUGUGAAAGACGCUACGAAUAACUUCGACGAGAGUCGUAACAUUGGGGUGGGAGGUUUUGGUAAAGUUUACAAAGGAGAGCUUAAUGAUGGCACAAAGGUAGCUGUGAAAAGAGGGAAUCCAAAAUCUCAGCAAGGGCUUGCGGAGUUCAGGACAGAGAUCGAGAUGUUAUCGCAGUUUCGUCAUCGUCAUUUGGUUUCUCUGAUUGGUUAUUGUGAUGAGAACAAUGAGAUGAUACUGAUAUAUGAGUAUAUGGAGAAUGGAACAGUAAAGGGUCAUCUUUACGGGUCAGGUAACCCUAGCUUAACGUGGAAGCAACGGCUUGAGAUCUGCAUUGGCGCGGCUAGAGGGUUGCAUUACCUUCACACUGGUGACUCGAAACCUGUCAUUCACAGAGAUGUGAAGUCUGCAAACAUAUUGCUAGACGAGAACUUCAUGGCUAAAGUUGCAGACUUUGGACUGUCCAAGACUGGACCUGAGCUUGAUCAGACUCAUGUAAGUACUGCUGUGAAAGGAAGUUUCGGGUAUCUUGAUCCUGAGUACUUCAGAAGGCAACAGCUCACUGAGAAAUCCGAUGUUUACUCCUUCGGGGUUGUUCUCUUUGAGGUUCUCUGUGCUAGACCUGUUAUAGACCCAACACUUCCAAGAGAGAUGGUGAAUCUUGCUGAAUGGGCAAUGAAAUGGCAGAAGAAAGGGCAGCUGGAUCAGAUCAUUGAUCAGUCGCUUCGCGGUAACAUCAGACCGGAUUCGUUAAGGAAAUUUGCGGAAACAGGUGAGAAAUGUUUGGCGGAUUACGGAGUAGAUAGACCAUCUAUGGGAGAUGUGUUGUGGAAUCUUGAAUACGCUUUGCAGCUUCAAGAAGCAGUCAUAGAUGGUGAACCAGAAGAUAACAGCACGAAUAUGAUUGGUGAAUUGCCUCCACAGAUCAACAACUUCAGUCGUGGAGACACGAGUGUUAACGUUCCAGGGACAACGGGACAGUUCGAGGAAUCGAGCAUUGAUGAUCUCUCUGGUGUUUCCAUGAGUAAAGUGUUCUCUCAACUGGUGAAAUCUGAGGGAAGAUAGUGAGGGGAUUUUGGCACAUGUAGUGUGUGAUUCUUACAUACAGAAGCAGAAGUAAGCAAAUUAUGUAAACCAGGAAAAGCAUCAGGUUUUUUCUCAGAUAGGAUCUUUGUUCUCUGCUCGACCUGUUCUGUUCUGUUCUUCAUCAGUGAAAAAAAGUUUCCUCUGUUUCAUUUUUAUUCCUCUCUCUCCCUUUAUCCUGAGUUUGUAUUUUAUUGAUGUUCAUUUGAAAUUGUCUGAGAUUUGUUUGUUCUUUUUAUUAUAUGGAUGUUUUUAACACUCUUUGUUGUUUCAAUUGUAUUGUAAUUUUAGAGAAGUCAGAAUAUAGUUCUUUCUUGUUCUU